CCGGGACUGUGGAGUCUCUUUGAGUUCUUACUGUGUGUAUAUGUCGGUGUAUAUAUAUACAUAGAUUGGUGUCCGGCAAUUACGGCGAAAGAUGGUAUUUGUCAAUUUCUUUAUCUAUUUAAUCAACUUUGGUGUCUGCUGUCUCCUUCCUCUUCUCAUAGAUGAGAUCUACAUGCAUGUUGGUGGAACUAAGUAAAUUUAACUUCCAUUUUUAGAGAGAGAAAGUAGAGAGGAGAGAGAGAGUUCAUCCCCCAAGUCACACUCACACAUGGUAUUGAAAUUUUAGCAAGCUGUGAAUUAAGUCGAGUUUGGGAAGAGUCUCUAUCGUAGUAACUUCGCGCUUUCCUUUCUCUCUCUAGGACUGUGAAUUUAAUGAAUAGUUAAUUGGGGUUCUUAUUUUGUACAGAAAUUAAUUAAAUAUUAUAAUAGUUUGAAUCCAUAUCGACCCUCCUAAUAAGCACAAGUGUUUACUGCAUUCUUAAAAUAUGUGGUUUCCAUACAUAUAUAUAUAUAUAUAUAUAUAUAUAGUAUGUAUUGAAUUGUAUCUCAUGUAUGCUGAUGAGAGAGGGAUAGUCUUUCACGGGCGAGCUGUGUCGUGAUUGGAUCCAUAUACAGAACCCCGUAUUCUCUCUCUCUAAAAUCAGAAGCCGCGUAGCUAAAGCUAGAGAGAGAAGACAAAACAGAGGUUGUGCCGUGACUACACAUGGAAACCGCAUCAUAAUAAGCUGAAUUUCGGGGUUUUGCUCUGACUUUCUCUAUAUUUCUCAGCUCAUUUCACUGAAGAUCCUUGCUGGGUUUCUCAUAUUUUUCUUCUAUUUGUUUGUGGACUACCCAGUUUGAAAAAUGGCAAGGCCAUUCCAGCGAGGUAUAUCCAUUGGGGGGCGAUUAUCAGAGAAUAACCAUGAUUUCUGGGAUGAUGACUCCCAGAAGAAAGACAAAACAGACAAGGAAGAUGUUGAUAGAACUCGCUCAUCUUCUGAUCACACAUAUUUAUCCUUCAGAUUCCCUCUUGGGUUACUUUUCGCGAAUAAUUCAUCCUCCAAACAUGGCAUUAGUGAGAAUGGUUUUGCAUCGGAGCCCUUUAGCACGGGAACUUUGAGAAGUCGCCAUAAAUUAACUUUGUUUUUUCUCAAGUUCAGUUUAGUUGUUAUUGUAAUUCUUGCUCUUACUGGAUCCUUUUGGUGGACAUUAUCAAUCACGACUUCACCAAGAGGAGGUGGUCACGUAUUUCAUGGAUAUAGGCGGCUCCAUGAGCAACUUGUAUCAGACUUGAGGGAUAUUGGAGAGCUCUCUCUUAGUUCUGCAAGGUUGAAAGAAUUGGAUUUAUGUUCUACAGAAUCUGAGAAUUAUGCUCCCUGCUUUAAUGUUUCAGAGAAUCUUGCUUUGGGUUUUUCUGGAGGUGAAGAAUAUGACCGCCAUUGUGAGCCCGGGUCAAGAGAAAACUGCUUGGUUCUUCCACCCGUCAACUACAAGAUUCCUCUUAGAUGGCCUACUGGAAGAGAUGUCAUCUGGGUUGCAAAUGUUAAAAUUACUGCUGAGGAGGUACUUUCCUCAGGAAGCUUGACCAAGAGGAUGAUGAUGUUGGAGGAAGAGCAGAUCUCUUUUCGUUCAGCAUCUCUCAUGUUCGAUGGUGUUGAAGACUACUCGCAUCAAAUUGCAGAAAUGAUUGGGCUACGAAAUGAAUCUAACUUUCUACAAGCUGGAGUUAGAACCAUCUUGGAUAUCGGAUGUGGUUUUGGUAGCUUUGGAGCACAUCUCUUCUCAAAGCAACUGUUAACUAUGUGUAUCGCAAACUAUGAGGCUUCAGGCAGUCAAGUUCAACUGACCCUUGAAAGAGGUCUUCCUGCAAUGAUUGGUUCUUUUUAUUCAAAACAGUUGCCAUAUCCAUCUCUUUCCUUUGAUAUGUUGCACUGUGCACGAUGUGGUGUUGACUGGGACCAGAAAGAUGGUAUUUUUUUGAUUGAAGUUGACCGAGUCUUAAGGCCUGGUGGAUACUUUGUCUGGACUUCACCACUUACAAAUGCUCAGGGCUUCCGUCGCAACAAAGAGAAUCAGAAAAAAUGGAAUUUUGUGCGCAAUUUUGCUGAAAAUCUCUGUUGGGAUAUGUUGUCGCAACAAGAUGAAACCGUUGUGUGGAAAAAGACUACUAAAAGGAAUUGUUAUGCUUCAAGGAAAGCUGGAUCUGGUCCUUCUAUCUGUAGCAAAGGCCGUGAUGUUGAAUCCCCAUAUUAUCGAGCACUCCAGGACUGCAUAGGAGGUACUCAAAGUCGUCGAUGGAUUCCUAUAGAAGAAAGGACAACCUGGCCUUCUAGGUCUAAAUUAAACUCAAGUGAACUUGCAAUUUAUGGUCUGCAUUCAGAAGACUUCGCCGAGGAUACCCAAAACUGGAACACAGCAGUUCGUAAUUAUUGGUCCCUUCUCUCGCCAAUAAUAUUUUCAGAUCAUCCAAAGAGACCUGGUGAUGAGGAUCCUUCUCCACCUUUUAACAUGCUCAGAAAUGUGCUAGAUAUGAAUGCCCAUUUUGGUGGUUUCAAUUCCGCUUUAUUGGAAGCUGGGAAAUCUGUUUGGGUCAUGAAUGUGAUCCCUACAAGCGGGCCCAACUACCUUCCUUUAAUUCUCGACAGAGGAUUUGUUGGAGUAUUGCAUGACUGGUGUGAAGCAUUUCCAACCUACCCAAGAACUUAUGAUUUGGUGCAUGCUGAAGGACUUCUGUCACUUGAAACUAGUCAACAUCGGAGAUGCACCAUGCUGGAUCUAUUCUCUGAAAUAGAUCGGUUACUUCGGCCAGAGGGGUGGGUGAUACUCCAUGACUCUGCUUCUCUCAUCGAAACUGCUAGAGCUCUCGCUGCACGGUUGAAAUGGGAAGCGCGAGUCGUAGAGAUUGAGAGCAAUAGUGAGAAGAGACUACUCAUCUGCCAGAAGCCUUUCUUUAAGAGGCAAGCAAUCUAAUUGUGAACUCGAAAAGAGAGCCCAACAGUGUUAGUCAUAAUAUUCAUAUUCAUUUGUGGAUCUGAGCUAAUCAUCAUAAAGUUUCUCCAUUGGAUUGAGAAUCAAAUUUUUUUUUACAAAAAGAGAAAAGCAAAGCGCCGAAGGAAAUGGAUGGUUCGAACCGGAACCAACCACUACUCCUAUGGAGCCGUAAGGCACACAUAGGACCAUGUAAUUACACAUCGAGUCACAGGGUGAGUUACAAGUAUAGGAUUAUAUAAAUUUUUUUCCUUGUAAUGUCUCUUUAUAACUAUACAACAACAUGAUGGAAUUAUAUUGUGAAGAAAAUUACAGAAUAAGUGCUAUUUGCUAUAGCAUAUUCAAUACUUGCUGUGCAUUUAUGGGGAGAAAUUUCGUCUCCAUUUUCUGUCCUUUUUCAUGUCUUUUUCGAAAUCAUUCAUCUAUGUUGUAGAAACAUUUCCAAUUUUUUGCAACAAAGACUUGGAUCUUUUCUUUUGUA